AUGCUGUCGGUGCCGGUGCCGGUGGCGGGCGCGGGGGCGGCGCGGGGCACGGGCUCCCUGCCCCGCCGGCGCACCAUGUGCAGCGGCGUCGGCUGCUUCUGGGCGCUGCUCUCCGCGGGGCUCCUGGCCGCCUGCGCCGCCGCCUUCCUCUCCCCGGCCUGGCUGCUGCCGCCCGGGAGAGCCGCCGCCGGCUUCGGCUUGCUGUGGCGGUGCUCCGGCCCGCCCCGCGGCUGCCACGGCUCCGCCGGUCCCGGCGGCUUCGGAGACAUCCCCUCCGGCUCCUGGCAGACGAGCGCCGUGCUGUGUGCGGGAGGCUGUGCCCUGCUGGCCCUCAGCUCGCUGCUGGCCAUCGUCGCCAUCCUGCUGCCCAGUGGAGCCUGUGAGAGGAAAGUCUGCACUCUGGCCGGCUACAUGCAGACAGCAGCAGUGUUCAUUAUGGCUUCUGGGCUUUUGGUUUACCCUUUUGGUUUCAACUCUGCUACUGUGAAGAGAUUCUGUGAGAAUUCAGACAUCUACUAUGCAGGAGACUGCCAGAUUGGAUGGGGGUAUAUGCUGGCAAUUGUGGGGGUCAUGUUGUCUGUCUUUUUACCAUUCUUUGCAAAAUAUGCACCAAAAGAGCACAUAUCUCCGACUCCAAUACCUACUAUUUUAUAGUAUUUUAUGACUGUUUAAGAACAGAACAUUCCUGUCUACGGGCAAUGGGCAGCAGUUAUUAUAGCACUUCCAUUUAGCUGUAUUGCUAAAGAGAAAAAAAGAAAAAAAGAAAAAAAAAAAAAAAAGGAGAUGGGGAGAGAAGGUCAGAUUCACAAAGACCAAAAGUGCAUUGAUAGUCUUCCGUACACACGAGCAGCGAACGCUCUGGAAUUAAACUAAGAUGAAUCAGCAGCCUUUGUGCUGCUCCGAACACAGCCUUAGCAAAAGUUGGUAUCAGUUUAUCCUCAGAACAUCUGUCUACCUCCCAGGCUGUUUCUUUUGUGUCUCAAAACCUUAAGACUUUUAAAAAGUUUCAAUCCACUUUUUAUAUAUUAUUAAAUGUGAAAGCUUUUAUGAACCCACUAAUUUUAAAACCAAUAACAAUAUUUUGUUAUAAUUAUUUUGGUUAAUUAAAAAAAUAAAAAAAGCCUACUAGUAGCCAUGGCCUACAAUUAAGCCUGAUAACUAAAAGCAUAUACCAGAACAAUUUCCUUUUUAAUCUCUAUGUAUUAGUAGUACCUCCAUAUUGUCAGUUGUCAGGACACAUUCAUCCUGAUCUAAUCCUCCAGAUUUACAGUCAUGUUCAUGAAGAUAACAGAGAGAGAUGUAACUGCUUCCAAAGGCUCAUGAUGAUGUAACAGGUUAAGAAAGUAUUUUUUUUUCCCAUGUUUCUUCAAUUCUUAUUUUAAGUGGAAUCUUGCAGAAUGAUUUGAACUGUGACAACUGCAGAUUUGUUGUUGCUGCUCUUUAAGGCAGUAAACAACAAUCUGUGCUUACAGCGAGUGUGUGCCCUGUGGCCCUUAUGUGUAGUGGCAACGCAAGCCAGAAUUGACCAGAUAUCCAAUCCUUUUAAGAUCCUGCUAUUGUAAUAUGUUUAGAUGGGAAGUGUUACUGCAUACUAUGAAGAAGAAGAAUCUGAUUCCACGUCAGAAGUAGCACAUGGCCAUAGUUCGUGGGCUCGUGUGUGCAAUUCAUCUGAUCUCCUCAGUAGCACUGGAUUCAUUACUAUCAAAGACUGAAAUAAGUGCACUUGAUUCCUUAAGGAAGGGAAAUAUUGGGUUCUAAGCUCCCCCCACUGUUCUGUGUUUCAUUUAAAAUAAUUUGAAUUCUAGUAUUUUAUUUUCUAUUAUUUAUUAACAGGCACAUAGCUUAUAUUUAAUUCAGAGCCGUAUGUCUCAGUUUGCAUUUUGGCACAACCUAAGUGAUCAAGUCCAUUACUCUUCAUUUAUCUGAGCCCAACUAAUUCCAGAAGUUAGUGCUGCUUUUAUGUUGUUUUUUUAUGGAACGUGUACAUGAAGGAACAGACAGAGACAUGUUGAGGAUGUACAACAAAUGCAAACAGACAGAACAAUCACUGUGUAAUUUUAAUACGUCAGAGACUCCUACAGUCUGGUUUACAUUCCUCACGCUUCUGAACAUCAAUGGACUGUUGCAUUGUUUUCCAAAAUGAUGAUCUGUUGUUAGGUUUUCAUGCACUCCAAAAGCAAAUUCUGCACACUAAGUUUCAUCACUGACCUUUGGAAACACAGAUUUCACAGUAGAAUUAAGGACACUGAGAAUUAGAGAAAGAGCAUUGUGUGUUUUUGCUCUCAGUGAAUAAGAGAUGACAUCCUCCAGAUACCUAACAAAGUAGCUUAAAGGAAUGUCAAAAUCAAGCAGAAUUGAUUUCCAUCAUUUCUGUAUAGUAGCACGCUUCCCAGUAACAUCCUUUAAACUGAUAGCUAAAAUUGACAAUUUUUGUAUAAAAGUCAGAAAAGUGAGGAAUAACGACCAACAAGUAAAAAGAAAAUGAUAACCACAAAGUAGAGAGAGAGAGACAGAGAUGCAGGCUUUUCUUUCCUAACCAACCUGUGCCUUUACUCUAGAACCAUUAGACAAGACAGGAUCAA